AUGAGCACUAAGGAGAUGGGCCCUGGAGCUCGUCGAGACACACUAGACGACCAUUUCAGAGACUGGAAUUGGAAGAAGAUCACAUUGCUAGGUCAAGUGUUGUUACAGAAGGUCAUUGAAGCCGUCAGAGCCGAGCAAGAGCAUCGUAUUGCACUUUCCGAACUUGAAGACUCUAUCCGAGAGUCUGAACUAGAGAUAGAGACUUGGGAGGUUGACCAUACAAAACCUAAUCCUUUUGAGAGACACAUCAUAGCAGCCGUUCAGCUGGAGCUCACCAAACAAGAUACCAAGGAGUUGGAGGAUGGCAAUGCUGUGUCUCUUCACUCCGAGGUAUCUUGCAGUAUCCUCAUCAGCACCGGCAUUGAUCUUGAACAUGCCCAAUGUCAACUAUGUGCAGAUGCAGGAUUACUUGGUCAACAUCCAACUGACACUCAACAGACAAGCAUUUUGACCCAUAGCAACACCCUCCUCUGCCAUAUAGAUGCUUGGACAAUGAUCCAAACUUUGUACAUGCCAUCAGUCGCAAACCUACGCGCCAAUAGGUUGAUUGAUUUGUCAAGUGAUGACAACAACAACAACAGUGGCUGUCCCAAGCCAAAUCCCAACUCCGGAAAGGCUGAAGACUUGCAACUCCUCCUGCCUUCUGAGAUCUGUGAUCACAAACUCCUUAAAAUAAAAUGGCCUCUCCGGCUUGCACAAGCUCACGAUGCACUCAACAAGUGUCGCACUCAUAUUCACCUUCAUCAGCAGCUAGUGCAAUUCAAAAACAUCACAUACGUGGUCAGAAUCCCAACACUCGAUGCUGUGGAAGAAUGUCUGGUUAUAAGCCACACAAAAUACUCAUGUGCACAAAAGGCACUCAUUGCUCUAUCCAAUCACCUUGACCAUGUUGACUUCACGGGGCAAUCACAAGGCAGGACCAUCAUGUCCUGGAUCUGGUUGACGCAUGGAAUCUCCAAUGACAAUGCUGAGAGUUUGCAAGACAUGCUUCAUGUUGAGUGGUGCAAGGCCAGGGCACGUCAAAACUGUUGGUCCGAGGAAGUUCAACUUUUGUUGGAAGAGAUGUGGCGAGUUCUUGCUUUUUUCAACUGGCAGGUGCAAUGGUAG